AUGACCCAACAACGGUGGCGUUCUAAUAGGGCACGCAUUAUGACGAUUGCCCCGGAUACUAUUUUCCACUUUAUUACCUUUCUUUACUUUAUUCUUCCGUCGACCCCGUCCACGAAGCCACAGAACGAGCUGCCCAGCGCCCCUGCAGACUCGGAACGCAACAGACGCGGCGACGGAGAGAUUUUUUACGCAUACGAACUACCUACCCACACACAGAAAACAGCAUCGCGGACGAUUUUUACGCGCAUUGCAUUGCACCGGCGUUCAGUAUUGUGCUUUUCCCCAUCCUACCCGAAGAUGUCACAACAAUUCUUCACUGCUCUUUUUUUCGACAUCCGAGAAAGUGCUGACGAGGAGGGUUGA